CUCUUUAAAUAAACAAUCUCUCCCAAGACACACCGCAGGCUAACACUUAUAAGAACAGAAGGAGGUGGUCUUACCAGGGAAGGCAAGCUGAGGGGCAAGGAAAAGGCAUCAGUAUAUCUCCCCAACUGACCACAUACAGCUUUCAAUCGGCUCUGAGAACAAAUUUCAAAAAGGCAUCACAGAAAGGCUCUGGAAGUUUUCUGCGGCAUCCUUAAACACUGGAAUAUUAACAAGGAAUCUCUACUGAACAAACCAAAAGAACUAGAAGAGGACAACUAGACCCCAUACCACACGGUCACCAUGAGUAUGACUGGCACUCUGGAGAAGGGAGUUAUCCACCAGGCUCUUGACCUCUCUGAGGAGCUCCCACCAAACCACCACCACCACCACCAGGUUCAUCUCCAGCACAGCGGCUCCACAGCCUCUACGUCUGCGGCUGGAACUCCCAUCAGCGGCUCCGGGGUGGUGGUGCCUCCUCCAUAUUCUGCACCAGAGGCUGGAGGUGGUGAGGCUCCCCUUGAGCUGAGGGGCUCUCUGGACUGUUGGGCAUGUUCAGUACUCGUAACAGCCCAGAACCUGGUGAUAGCCACUAUAAACGUGUGCCUGGCUGCAUUGGUGUUUGGCCUGAUUCUCACUCCUGUCAUAGUUAUGGUGUUAUUUGGAUUUCUGUGCCACUCCACUGUGCGUCCACAUGGUACAUCACCCUACUGUUCGGACCUGCUGAGUGACGGAGGCUGUGUGGCUUUGUUAAUUGUGGGCUUUCUGCUCGUCACCCCACUUCUCGUGCUGGCAUUGGCUGCGUACUGCAGACUGGCUCGUCACCUGCAGCUCAGCCUAUGUUUCAUCCCUUAUAGUCGCGCUGUCUACAAAAACAUGCCUGCCACAUACCACCACGGCCUGGGAGGAGGCUGCUGUGGACAAGACGCAGGUCAAGACACAAAGAAGGGAAAAGUGUGGGUAUGACAGUGGAACUUGAUGGAUCUCAGCAAAUUUGUCAUUUGCAAAUUGUAUUACGAGAAAAAAUUACAAAUGUUUUCCCUCACAGCCAUGUGUGGUUCCUUGAAACAUGUAAAAUAAAAAAACAUCUAACAGAUUCUGGCAAAAGUGUACCUGGUUAGUACAUUUUAGCACAAGUGUGUGGAAAGGAAACAAAGGGUCAACAAACCAAGUGUGCAUAUACGUAUAUAUCUAUAUAUAUUUGUUUCUCUCAAAUCUACUCAUGUACACCAACACUGAUCUAUAAGCCAGGGUUGCUGUUAAGCUAUCAGCAAUUUUCAAGUUAAUAUUUAAAGUCAACAAGACUUUCGUAAAUGUAUUCUUAUAUCAUAAAAACACUGGAUAUAUAUUUUUUUAACUAUACCUGGACUGUUUGUAGAUUGAAAUGUUGUAUGCAUUUAUCGCUCCAUAAAUGAUAGCAUUAAAAAGCAUUUUAUAUGUGUUUAUAUUACCAUGUUACUCCUUCUAUUAAAAUUCAAAUCAAAAUAUUCAAUAGCCAUCUGUCCAUCUGCUAUGUUUUUAUCCCCUGCAUUCUGUAGUAUAUUUCUGUAGGUGUUUCUGCUGGAC